AUGAUAAGAGCGUUAAAUUUAUUAUUAUUAAUUUUUUUUUUAUUUUUAUGUCGGUUUCCGCCGGAACUGGUUACAAAAUAUGGAUAUCCGGUCGAAACGUACACCACGACAACCGAAGAUGGUUAUUUAUUAACACUUUAUAGAAUACCGUAUGGUAAAAAUUGUAGGCAAUUGAUGUUGAAAAGACCGGUACUUUUACAACACGGUCUUUUAAGCAGCGCUUUUGAUUUUCUCAUAACCGGACCUAAAAAAGCUUUGGGAUAUAUUUUGGCCGAUAAUUGUUUCGAUGUUUGGUUGGGUAACAAUCGUGGCAAUAGUUUAUCGAGACGUCAUCAAAGUUUAAAACCGACAAAUGCGACGUUUUGGAAAUUCACGUGGCACGAAAUGGGAAAAUACGAUUUACCCGCUUUGAUAGAUUUUAUUUUGGAAAAAACGCAGCAGAAGAGUUUACAUUACAUCGGUCAUUCUCAGGGCACGACACAAUUUUUCGUUUUCGGUGCUUUAUAUCCGGAAUAUCAUAAAAAAAUUGCCACCAUGCACGCGUUGUCACCGGUUGCUUACAUGAAAAAUUUAGCGAGUCCGUUUAUAAAAGCCAUGACAAUUUUUUACAAAGCAACGGAGAUCGUGGCAGAACUCGUCGGUAUGCACGAAUUCCUUCCGCAAUCGGAAUUUUUAAACGAAAUCGGACGUACCAUGUGCCACGAUAAAUUUCCAAGUCUACAAAAUGUUUGCGCCAACGUUUUCUUUUUGUUGUGCGGUUUCGACGAACCACAACUCAACAGGACGAUUUUACCGGCCGUCCUAGGUCACGUACCUGCUGGAGCAAGUACGAAACAAUUAAUUCAUUACGCACAAGGGAUUUCCAGCGGAAAGUUCAGACAUUACGAUUACGGUUUAUUUGAAAAUUUAAAAAUAUACGAUUCAAUAUUUCCACCGGAUUACAACGUGAGCUCCAUUAACGUUCCCAUAGCUUUAUAUUACGCUACAAACGAUUGGUUGGCAUCUAUAAAAGACGUCAAACAGCUGGAGUCGCAGCUUCCAAACAUAAUUAACGUAUACAAAGUACCAUACUCGAAAUUUAAUCAUUUGGAUUUUAUUUACGCCAUAGAUGCUAAAUUUUUACUCUAUGAUAAAGUUGUAGAAAUUCUCAACAAGUAUCCGUAA